AUGGAGGGCGCCGACAUCAUUGUGCACAACGAUUCUGACGGUUCUGGCUCUGGCGACGAGUACGUCAAUUCCUCACCGUACGUCGUCCGCUCGACGUCCGAUCUAGACGAUCUCGACGUCCACCAGCAGCCCGCCAUUACCUCGCCCCCCCUCGGCGGUUCUGUUGGAUCCCUACCUCCUGGAUAUACAGCAUGGCCAGCCAGAGCCACUGGACGACCACGAGGGAGUAGCUUGGUCGGAACUCCAGCUUUUGAGAACGGCGUUCUUCCAGAUGGCAGCGUUGCUGCCCCCGAGCGACUGCAGCGCCCACCGGGGCCUGCAAGAACCCCCUCCAAUACAUACGCUCCUCAACGACGCCCUCCGCAGUUUAUAAAUCUCCAGAAUGACAACCGUCGCGCGUCCUCCGCCAAACGGGUCCCGCGUCGCGACCCAAACGCCCAGUAUCGCGCCCAAGAGAAGGCCUAUGUACAAAGGCUACGGGCCAACCCGCAGGCAUGGUAUCAACAAUUUACGGAUUUUCAGGGAAUGCCUACUAUAGAAUCGGACAUUGACGACCCUUCGCCAUCCUCUGAAGUGCCGUUCGAGGACGACCAAUACGAUCCGGAUAUCCAGCUCUUCCUUUCUCAGAACGAGAACCAACCAACAAUGGAGGAGUUGAAGAACCCCAAGAACCAGGAGCGUCUAGAAUGGCACACCAUGCUGGCUUCCGUCUUAAAAGGAGAUGUUAUCAAGCAGGAGAAACAAAGGCUGAUUGGCUCCACCGAAUCCGGGCGAUCGUCUGCCAUGAACAGUGAAAUUUGGCUUGGUGUUCGAGCAAAAAGAUGUGGCCGAAGCCUCCCCUUGCAGAAAAAGCUCAUCGAGGAUGCGCGGUUGAGUCUGGGGCCCAUUGUUGAAGACAUCAUUAAUUUUGAAAUCAAAGGCGAAACGGAAAUCGGGAAACCCGCCAUUGAACAAGUCGAAGAUGUUGUUGCCAAAAUCGGCAAGUGCGAUUACCUUUAUCCUACGAGGAAAGAAAUGGUGACUGCCAACCCCAGAGCUGCUUCUGACCAGUUUGAAGAGAGCUGUGAUGCUAUCAUUGCUUGGCAUAAUACAACUCUUCUGAUCAGCACCGAAUUGGCCAUCCUUCAAAGCUGGGUCGGUAAUAUCGAUUUGGAUUUCACCAAGCCUCGAACCAAAGCCUACAGUACUGAUCUGUCCGAUGACGGCUCAUUCUUGGAUCGUAUUAUGAAGGAAGAUGGCCUCAAGACUCUCCAAGGCGACCACAAUAUGAUCGAUGGUAUUGGCGAGAUCAUUAACAAAGCGAAAAACACUCUGAUCGACAACGCAGAGGCCUUUUCCAAACGCCAUCUGCCUCCGUAUAUCGAAGAACUUUUGACCCUCAUCAACUUCCCCUCGCGAUUAAUUCAAGAGAUCAUCCGCGUCCGUCUUUCGUACGCGAAAAAGAUGAAAGACCCUGCUCAGCAAUCACCAAUCCUCGUUGAUCAAAUGAUCUCGCAAUUCCAAAUCUUGAUGAAAGUCGCCGUCGGUAUAAAACAGCGUUACCUCGUUAUUUCGAAGCCUGAACCCGGUUGGGAUCUGCCACCUUGCAUUGAUGAAAAUUUUGACACCGUUGUUGUCGAUGCCAUGAAAUACUACUUUCGGCUGCUGAAUUGGAAACUAAAUGCCAACAAGAACACUUUCAAAGAAGCUGAAAUCUUGGAGCAAGAAUGGGGAUUCUCGAAUGAAAUCGGCCGCCAGCUCCAGGGUGGCGACAUUGAGGUUGCCGAACAGUUCAGUGCCUUGACUGCCAAAUCCUUGCAGCGGUUGAUGGUUCACUUUGAACGGGAACUCUCGCCACGUGACGAUGAAGAUCCUGUUGAUAUGGACAAACGCUAUAAGAAUUCUUUGGACUCGACUCGCGUCCGCCAGCGAAAGCUUUACCGUUUCUCCCGCUUCCUUCGGCAACUCUUUGAAAAUGCCACCGAGUACAAUUUCAGUGCGGAUAUUGCCGAGGAGUUUUUCGAGGCUUUAUUGAUCUCAGAUCAUUUCCUUAUCACAUCAAACGAUUCCGUUGGACAAAAGGGCGUCUACCUGAUUGCUCACCAUUCUUUAUGGGACCAAACUGUUGACAUUCAGUCUAUACUUGGUACAUCUUUUCGCGAGGAGGAUGUCCCUAAGGACCCUGCUUCCUUUUUCCAAUACAUCCUGGUUGUCCGUCCUGAACGUCAAAUCGCGUGGUCUGGCAAAGUAAUGGAAGUUGAUGACCUGGAGCACCCAACUGAUGUCCGUCUUGGAAAGCUACGUCUUGUAGCAGAUGGUACACAGCAACGACUUGUCAAUGCGCGACUCGAGCUAGCCCAACUGACCAACAUUCAACUCGAUAUUGCUAUAGAGCAGCGGGCGAACCUGGGACGAGUCAACGCUGAAUUGAAUAAAAUCAAGAAAAUUUCGUUCAAAUUGUCCAUAACUAUUAUGAAUAGUGUCGCUAUCAUCAGACAGCAGCUCAAGCAAAAAGCCAUUGACAACACGGAGCUGAUCCAAGCAUGCUAUGCAUUUGCAACGGAAUUUGGUAAGCGAUCGGCAAAUUACGUCGACACCAACCGACGAGCCAUGAACAGUGCGCGAUUGGUUGAGCUGUCUCUUGAAUGGGUAUCCUUCAUCUGCGACGAUUGUGACGCGUCGGAUAGAAAGACAUUCAAAUGGGCCGUUGCUGCUCUUGAAUUUGCCAUGGCCAUUACCUCUAGCAACCAUCUACUGUCGAUGGAUGAUAACCAGUACUCUCAGCUCAGGAUCAAGGUGGCUGGUUGCAUGUCGGUGUUGAUCUCUCAUUUUGAUAUCAUGGGUGCCAGGUCAACCUUGGCAGCUCAAGCCGAAAACAAACGCCUGGAUGAAUCUCGGACCGGCUCCAGACGAUACGGCGGAAGCAGAAUUCUCAGCGACGAGGAAGCAAUGAAAAUCGUCGGCGAUCAGCGCCUCGUACAGAUUGCCACUCUCGAAGACUACAGAGUGGAACAAACUUCAAAGCGGAAGGCUAUGGGCAAGGUGCUGGAGGGCUCAAACGAGGCAGACCGAUCACUGACUGUCCUUUCAUCCGCGGCAACCAAUGUCAGUCUUCGGUGGCAACAAGGCCAGUUCAUUGGAGGCGGGACAUUUGGCUCUGUAUACGCCGCGAUUAACCUGGAUAGCAACUUUCUCAUGGCAGUCAAAGAAAUUCGGCUGCAAGAUCCUCAGCUCAUUCCUGUCAUUGCGCAGCAAAUCAGAGAUGAGAUGGGUGUUCUUGAAGUCCUUGAUCAUCCAAACAUUGUCUCCUACUACGGCAUCGAGGUUCAUCGUGACAAAGUAUAUAUAUUUAUGGAAUAUUGUUCUGGUGGGUCUCUAGCAGGCCUACUCGAGCACGGCCGCAUUGAAGAUGAGACGUUCAUCAUGGUGUAUGCACUGCAGCUACUAGAAGGACUGGCCUACUUGCACCAAUCUGGAAUUAUUCACCGUGAUAUCAAGCCCGAGAACAUCCUUUUGGAUCACAAUGGAGUUAUCAAAUACGUCGACUUUGGAGCAGCUAAAAUCAUUGCCCGUCAAGGCAAAACUGUGGUCAAUGGUGACCCCCUCACUAAAGGUUCUGCCCUUAAAGAUGGGAAGGCAGCCAAAGACCCCCAGAGAAAGAACCAAAAGACCAUGACCGGAACACCCAUGUACAUGUCUCCUGAAAUUAUCCGAGGAGACAUGUCGGACUUGAUUGAGCGGCAAGGCGCCGUGGAUAUCUGGUCCCUUGGCUGUGUGAUCCUCGAGAUGGUCACCGGCUGUCGCCCGUGGUCAUCACUUGACAACGAAUGGGCGAUCAUGUACAACAUCGCCCAGGGAAACCAACCCCAGCUACCCGACCGAGAUCAUCUUAGUGACAUGGGUAUCGACUUCUUGCGCCGUUGUUUUGAGCGCGAACCCACCAAGCGCCCUACAGCGGCCGAACUUUUGCAGCAUGAAUGGAUAGUCUCCAUCCGAAGCCAAGUCGUGCUAGAACCCCACACACCGAGUAGUGACGGUGGGGGGAGUAUGACCAGCUCGGCUGCUGGUAGUCGGCAAAACUCGAGUGCCUCUUUCUAA